AUGGAGAAUCAGGAUGUGCCAGUGCCCGACGUCAUGAAAAUACCAAUAAGACCAGAUUUUGCAACUCUAUUUAGAAAAUGGAGCAUGGACGAUCUAAUUAGCAAUUUGCCCAAAGAUGUAAGGUAUGGGAUCAUGGAACGCUUACCCUUAAGAGAUGCAGCAAGGAUGAGUACAUUGUCGAAACAAUGGAAAGAGGCUUGGAAAACACUUCCAUCUCUUGUGUUUGAUGGUGAAUUCUUUAGAGAAGUACUAGGGAAAAAACGAUAUAUAAAGCUCGAGUACACUAACAUUGUGAGUAAAAUACUCUUGCAACAUGACGGUCCAAUUGCUAAAUUCAGUCUUCAUAUUCCGCGACAUAUACAGAAACACCCAGAUGAUGUUGUGCUCUGGAUAAUGAACCUAUCCAUGAAUUGCAUCAAUGAUUUUACUCUGAAUAAUUGGAAAUACUCAUCGCCUUUUAAGUUGCCUUCUCAACUUUUUGGUUGUACCAAUUUAACUGUGUUGAAGCUGGAUUAUUGUAUAUUCAAUCCUCCUAGUUCUUUUAAGGGAUUUCCGAAGUUGGUAUGCAAUUAUCUUGAGAAUAUUCAUUUUCCGAGUGAUGAUGUUGUUGGAAGCUUUGUUGCUAAAUGCCCGAGCCUUGAGAAGUUGGUUAUACAAGGCGAAGAUGGUAAUGAUGAACUACCAAACCUGGUUAUCAAUGCACCUAAUCUCAAGUACUUGACCAUCUCUAGUACAUUUCACUCUAUAUGUCUGGACGGUUCGGAAGCUCUUUCGUCGGUUUCAUUUACAUUACAGAAAUUGGUAGAUCAAAAAAAGAAAAGAACACGAAACAUGAUAAAGUUUCUUACUUCUACAUGUAGGAUUGAAAACCUUAGUUUCAGAAAGCACUUUGUCAAGGUGAAAAUUUCGGAGAAUACUGCUGAUUCUGUUGAGGACAACUGGAGUUGUAACCUUUCAAGUAAGUUUCUCCAACUCCGUAGCAUCGAUGUGAGACUGAACAGUGGAUCAGCUGAAGAGCUGAAGCUCGUUGAGUUUUUGUUAGCCUGCUCUCCUGUGUUGCAUACAUUCAAUCUCGAGUUUUUUGAAGAACUCGAUGUAGACGACAAGAUGAAGAUGUCAAAGAAAUUGAUGCAAUUUCAUAGGGCAUUUUCCAACAUUACUGUCUUUCUUAUCUUCAUAGAAGGCAAAUGUGAUAGAUGA